CCCGAGAGCACGUGGGAGACGAGCAGAUUCGAGGGAUCGGCGAUGGCGAUGGCGAUGCGAAGCUUUCAGGGGCGGGGCAGGGCAGGGCAGGGCUUCGAAGCGCAGCGGGCGAUGGUGAUGGAUCCGGGCUCACGUCAUGGGCCGGUGAUUAGGGUGCCGUAGUGGAGGAAGAAGGGAGGGAGAGAGGGAGGGAGGGGAUGUCUGCAAUUGUCGGCCCCAUCCAAUUUGUAUGUGGCUCGUGAAAGACGGGACCGCUAUCCAACAGCUGGCCCGGGAUGUACUUGAGAUCUCAUGGUCGUACAAGUUCUCGAGCACGUCAACUUUAUAACUUUGCGGGGCUCGAUGGUCAUCGUCGCCUGCCAUCGAAAGCCACGACCUCAUUGAUUUGUUCUCGAUUCGUCGCACCACCACCACCUUCGUCGUCGUCGACGGCGUCUUCGGCCGCAGCCGAAGCCCUGACGACCGAUUCUGGAAGCUGACGCUUGGACCGACUGUCACGUGAGCGAAGCUCGACUGUCAGCGCCACGCUUUGUACAUCUGCCCGGGACGCUGUGACGAGUAUAUGCAGCAGGCCUUGCUCUGCCUUUAUCCUGAUUCUGAUCCCGCUCUCGUCGCUGUCACUGGUUUGUGCAUCUGAUUCUCGUACGUCGCCGCUGCCUUGUGGAUGGCGAAGGGACCCCUAUCUUUGUUGUUGAAGGAAUGCUGCUCCGGUGCUGGGCUAUAGGGUAUCGCUUGCUGGGGUUGUAUGCGGACAGGAAACUAAGCACCAAUUGUAAGUCUGGAGUAGCAGACCACAUCGUUAUAAUUCGUAGUUCUUGAGUAAUCCUUCAGGGAUUCAGCCGAGAUGGGGCUUUUAAGGCGGUGUCCCACAAAUGUGAUCCUGUGUGGUGUGAUUUGGGUGUUGGUCACAUGGAUCGUGCUGGAUUAUCUCGUCAUUCGUUCAGAUAAUACAACUCCGGCAUUGCAGCACCAAGGUAGUGUGCCACUAGCGGAGAAUGUUUACCAACCUCGGUGGAGGACUCAAGUUGAGGGAAGGCGAGGGAACGGAGACUGUAGAUCACCAGGAGGACAUUUCGAGGAUGAUGGUGAUUACGAGAAGGCAGCAAAUCCGUGGUCUCAGGUCAAGUGGAUCGGACAACCGGCAGCUUGCAGAGUACGAGGUGAGCUGAUCGAGAGACUAGAUGUAGUCAACAACUUUCGAAGGGGAUUUGCUCUUCAGUUUGCUAACGAUGUGGAGGAUAGAACACACAUUCUGCCCUGGCUCCUGGGCACCAAGAUAGAUUUAAACAGGCGCAAUCGCAGGGUUUUCUUAGAUCUGGGGUCGAAUACCUUCGCUUCCAGCAUUCAAUGGUUUAUACAGAUGUACCCUUGUGAUUUUACCGAAAUCCAUGCCUUUGAAAGGAGGUUAGACCUUCUUCAGAUACCACAAGCAUUCUCGGAGAAGGACAAUUGGGUCAACGAAAAUCCUGCUGCCCGACGAACGAGGGCCAGGCCCGGUGUUCCCUCCUGGAUACUCAAGCGAAUCAAGGUGUACAACAAGUUCGUUUCGGAUGCUGAUGAUGUAGACACAUCUGCUGUCAAUAUUACUCGAUUCAUGAAGGAGGAGCUGAAGCUCACAGCCGGAGACACAGUUAUUGUGAAAAUGGAUAUUGAGGAUAGCGAGUGGCCUAUCUUGACGAGGUGGCUAAACGAUCCAGAAAUGGUUGGAAUAGUGGAUGAAAUAUUUGUAGAGGUUCACUAUAACCACUCCAGUAUGUUCAAUUACAACUGGAACAAGUUCAAGCAUCAGAGACUUGAGGCUAAAAAACUCCUAGCGGAUAUGCGGUGGAAGGGUUACUAUAUCCAUUUUUGGCCCUGAACAAUGAGACAUGCUCCCUGCACAUUUCUGUCCUGCUCAUAGUGGAUUGUCGAUCUGUAUAAACAUGUAUAUGUAUCGUGACAGUCGUUUCCGCAGCACCCAGAAAUUUUCUGCUUCUCUCGAACAUCGGUGCUAAAACGCCGUCUUGGAGGCUUCGAUCUUCCGAUACUUAGGAAUGAUCACUUAUUGGAGGAGGUCAUGGGCACAAGCAAGUUUUACUCCGCCAAGCAAAGUAAGAUCUGUGUCGGAAACGAAGAAGAACGAGCGAGGCCGAGUAAGUGUAACUCCUUUAGUAGGUUUCGGCUUUUCGACGAGUGGACGCUGGAGACCACCUGGUCUGCUGAAGGCAACUGCAACGGCACAAUGCCUGUACCUGAUGCGACAACGAGAUCUUGCAUGGAUACUUUGAAGGAGCGAGUAUCAAGAUGGCGCAGUCUCCAUGCGUGAAUCAGUCACGAAUCACGAAUACAUUACUGUGAAUAGUUCUCAGACCUUGAGAUUUACAAAGCACGGCACCAUUCCAGUUACUUGAUGAGAAAAAUCUGUGAACUUGUUUAGGCUUUUGUUGCUAGCUGUUGGAAUGCGCUUUAUAAAUUCCUGGUGUGAUGUCAGCACUAGCUUGGAACAUACACCACGCUUCUAGGAGGUAGUACGGCUGCGUUCCUGCCACCAAAUCUAUGCACUGCUUUUUUGUAGUCUUGGGUAGAUUAGAUUUAGGGGCCGCUCGAAGUAGCAGGUCUUCGUUUUAAAGCGGCUCUGUUCUUAUGUGUAAAGUACAACAUGUAUUAUCAUGUGGCUGCGCUGAAACGGUCCCGUGCAGCUUUGGCUUGUGUUACCUACUUCGCAAUGUCAGUCUUUGGCUCUUUGAGAAAUUGAGGUCUACGAAUACAUAAUCCUGC